CUUGCCGAAGAAAAAUACUCCGAAAUAGCCACAAAAAAAUCGGUGUUCUUCUCGCCCCGUGAUCUGACGGCUAGAGUUUUUCCAGGAAGUGGGCAGCAAAAAAAAACGCAUCUUGGCCCAAGCAGAAAGGGCGAAACGAAACACAAAACGCGGAAAAGAAGCAUACGAAAUUUUAACGCCGCGCGCGGCUGCGCCGCGGGUUGUCGGUCAAGAUGUCAACCCCCACACCCCGCGGUUGGCGCCGCCGCCGACGCCGCCCACCGCCGCCCGCGUGCGCCCACCGCCACCUGUCGCCGCCUAAAAAGAACUCCUCCAUUAUAACCCCCUCACCGUGCCUUCCCCAACCUCCGCCCAGACCAGAGACCACCACCGCACCGCCUCCUCACCGCCACCGUCGCGAUGGCUUCUUCCCCCACCAACACGGCGGCCUCCGCCCGUCGCGUGCCGCCGCCGUGCUGGACCCCCGAGGAGACCCUCGCCCUCGCCCGCGCCUACACCGCGCGCCGCCUCUCGGUGGGCCGGGCGCACCUGACCUCCGCCGAUUGGGCCGCCGUCGCCGACGCGUCCUCACCGACCAAGACCGCCCGGCAGUGCCGCCACAAGGUCGAGAAGCUCCGCCGCCGGCUCCGAUCUAAGCGCCGCCGCCCCUGCCCCCUCCUCGACGCGAUCGAUCUCCUCGAUGGCCCUUCCCCUUCCGCAUCCCCGUCGCAAUCUCCAUCUCCACCGCCGCCAGCUUCGCCGCCGCCUCCUCCUCCCUCGCCGCCCAAGAAGAGGAGGAUGUCUGAUGAUGCCGAAGAUGACGGAGAGAGCGACGUGGUGAAGGCGCUGAGGGCGAUCGGAGAGGGUUUCCUGCGGGCGGAGCAGAGGCGGAUGGAGGCAGCUAGGAAGACGCAGCAGAUGCGCAUGGAGAUGGCACUCCGGCACCUCGAUUCGCAGCGGAGGCUCAUGGAAGCGCUCGUCGACCGCAUCGUCCACUCGCUAGAGUAAAUCGGUGGCGCAAAGCUUGUGAACAUGGCCAAUACCUUUGUGAGCGACCCAAGUAGUCAAUGGCAGAGCUAACAGUAGGAUAUGUGGGCAGGAAAGGAAAAGGAAUGCACUGGAAUUGGUGAUGUUUUCGAGCUUCAGGGUAUCUAGAAUUUAUACAAGAUUUGGCCUUUCAUAUCAGAAAUUGUUUUCCAGCGACUUGUAUUUUGGAUGUGUGCGAAUUCAUCCAUCCUUACUAUGUUCUGGACUUCUGGUUGAUUUUAACUUUGUUAGCCGAGAGGCUGAACCACAAUCUGAACUCUUCAAGCCCAAGCAGUUAUCA